CAUCAUCCACUCCGCUCGAUGUUGUACGACGAUUGUGUGUAGCAGAAAAGGAAAAACGCAGCAAAAAUUUAUCGGAAGCGCCUCUAUUUUCGAUCAAAUUUUCCUCGAAACGCCAAAGGAAAGUUUUUUUUUGUGUCCGCUGAAGGAAUCGGUGAUCGAAAAUAAAAGUGUGUAUACAAGUUGGAAGGAAGGGAACUAUCGCCGCGAGUGUAACCUAGCAGCUCUAAAUUUGUGUGUUUACGUGUGACCCCGGUCGUGAGAUUUCGCGAGUAAAUUCUUGUUGGCCGGAAUCGAACUUCCCUUCCUCCCAUCGGUUGGGCAGGAGUUGCUGCCAAUUACUGUAGAGUUGUUUGCAAGGCGAGCUGUGUCGCCGCAAAGAAAUCCUUCACCGCUGGCUGCCGUUGUCGUGUUGCUUGCUGCUGCCGCCGGAGAACGGGAAGCGCCUGAGGUCCACCCGGAAGUAGAUGAAGGAAUCAUCCAUCGCGCGAGCUAAAGAACGUUGUAUAUCAGCCGCUAGCAUCUACUUCGUGGCCAUCGCGCGUGAUUCUUCCGGCGCGCAUCUUCAAUCGGCUUUGCAACGCAACCUCCACCAGCAGCUAUCGCAAGGAUCGCUCGCAGCCAGCCAAGAAACGCUCCGCCGACAGUCCGCUUCGUCCGCCAACGGUACUAGCACCAUCCGGAGACAACGCCGCCGAAGAAGAUGUCCCGCAAUAAAGACAAGUACGACAACAACAACCCCCGACGGCAGCAGACCUUUCUCACGGCGGAGGAUAUUGCGGCCGGCAAGAAGACCUGCUGGCAUGGCGUCGAGAUAACGGGUAGUGUGCGCAACCUCAGCCCCACGCUGUGGAAGUUUGAGCAUCUGACGGCGCUCUACCUGAACGACAACUGUUUGAUGCGGCUGCCGCACCAGAUCGGCCAGUUGGCGAAUCUGCGUACGCUGGACCUGUCCAGCAACAAGCUGCGGAGCUUGCCGGCCGAACUGGGCGAGCUGAUACACCUGAGGGAACUCCUGCUGAACAACAACCUGCUGCGUGUGCUUCCGUACGAGCUGGGUAAGCUGUUCCAUCUGCACGUGCUCGGACUGCACGGGAACCCGCUCGGGAAAGACGUUAUGUCGAUCUACAACGAGCCCAACGGAACGCAGAAGCUGCUCACUUACAUGCUGGACAAUCUGUCAGUAACCGUGGCACCGCCGCCGCAACGUCCCUGGAUACCUUUAGCGAGGCCAAAUCGAACCAGGGGUGCAUGCAUAUUCACCGUCAUGUGCUAUAACGUACUGUGCGAUAAGUACGCCACCAGACAGAUGUACGGUUAUUGUCCGAGUUGGGCCCUGAGUUGGGAGUAUCGGAAAAAGGCAAUUUUGGACGAGAUCCGGCACUAUUCGGCCGACAUCAUCAGUCUGCAGGAGGUCGAGACGGAUCAGUUCUUCAACUUCUUCAAACCGGAACUGAAGAACGACGGCUACGAGGGCAUUUUUUCGCCCAAGUCCCGUGCCAAGACCAUGUCCGAGUCGGAUCGGAAGUACGUCGACGGGUGUGCAAUUUUCUUCCGUUCAUCCAAGUUCUCUCUAAUUAAGGAACACCUGGUCGAAUUCAAUCAACUGGCGAUGGCAAAUGCGGAAGGGUCGGAUCAUAUGCUAAAUCGGGUAAUGCCCAAGGACAACAUUGGGCUGGCGGCGCUGCUUAAAGUGAAGGAAAGUGCAUGGGAAGGUGUCCCGGCGGAACAAGUUGCCGCUUCGCAACCGAUUCUGGUGUGUACGGCGCAUAUUCACUGGGAUCCGGAGUUCUGCGAUGUCAAGCUCAUCCAGACCAUGAUGCUAAGCAACGAGCUGAAAACGAUACUGGACGAGGUUGGUCACAGCUUCCGGCCAGGGCACAAGUUUGAUGUGAAUAAUGUGCAGCUGGUCCUGUGCGGCGACUUCAAUUCACUGCCAGACUCCGGAGUGAUCGAAUUUCUCAGUGCCGGACGUGUAUCAAUGGACCAUCAAGAUUUCAAGGAGCUGGGCUACAAAUCCUGCCUGCAGCGUAUAUCAAAUUGUGAUACACCAAAUGAAUUUACUCAUUCCUUUAAGCUAGCGUCGGCGUACAGUGAAGAUAUAAUGCCAUAUACAAAUUAUACAUUCGAUUUUAAAGGUAUUAUUGAUUAUGUAUUUUACUCGAAGCAAGGUAUGAUCCCGCUCGGUUUGCUCGGUCCAAUCUCGUCAGAUUGGCUGCGGGAAAACAAAGUGGUCGGAUGUCCUCAUCCGCACAUACCAUCGGAUCAUUUCCCAUUAUUGGUGGAACUUGAGCUAAUUCACCUGAGCAGUACGCAGCCACCUAACGGACUCAUUGGUCGGAGGUAGCAAUAAAACCCACGUCUACUCAGCACCCACAAACCAACAACACGAGCAACCACAACAAACAACAACAAUAAGAAUCAUCAUCACUCAACAACAGCAACUAACAGACGUAAUAGUUGUAGUUGUAAUAGUAGUACUAGAAUCAGAUGCAACAAAACCAACAAAUCUACCCAUAAUAAAGAAGCUAACAGCACCUCAACUCAGCCGUUAAAGCAAGCGCUCGGAAGCCUUGGCAGAAGGCCUCUAGCCUUGAACUCGACCUAGAAACUAUCACCUCUUCUAAUACCACCAACAUCAUCACCAUCACCAACGAUUUGACCUUGACGACAAAGACGACUACGGCAGUGACCUCUAGCAGCAACAAGGGCACUAGUGCAACAGAUCAUCGCAAACAACAUCAACAUUUCCACCAUCACCAUGUCGCAAAGGCGAGACCGCUGCUUCGGUCAACCAUACCGGAAAGAUCAACCCAAAGCCAAACAACAAAUUCUAGGAAAACCCACCCAAUCAAACAAACAAAAACAAACAGUAAAUGUAAAAGACAGAGAGGCUUGAAUCUCAGCGAAAGCAACAAUCGAUGAAUGAAAAUUACAAAAAAAUACGUGCGAUGAAGAGGCGCAAUUGUUUAAGAAAAAACCAAUAAGUGCAACCAAUAAAUCGGUACUAGACCGCUCAGAUUGUAUAGUAGUAGGUUCUCGUAGUAGUAGAUUUAUUUUCUCGUUUGUGUCCUCCAAAGUGCAUCCCAUGAAGUCGGUUAUUGUGAUAUUUACUUUUUACUUAGUUUUUUUUUUAUAUUCACGCUUUAAUGAAAUUAUGUAUUCAAACGUCACAACAAAAUUGCUACAAAACAAACGAACAAACUAAAACAACAUAAGCAUUCAUCGAUUUACUCCGCGGAGAGAUUCUGACGAACCGGCUGAGCCGGGACUCGAACCAUUAGCCAAGGAACAGAACAAUAGCACACGUAAACCAAGCAGCGCGCGCUUUGAUCUAGUACUUCACACUCGCACCGGAACAAACAAACCAAAAAUCGCCCGCUGCGAUGUGUGGGUAGUGUCAGAGUGUCAUCGCCAAACAUUGAGAUUCACCCUAUGAGACCCGGAAAGAUAGAUGAAAGGAAGAAAAUUAUGGAAAAAAGAAUGAUAUAAUGAAAAGCACUUUAUUUCUG